GAGGCGGGCUCGUAGAGGGGAGGGUUCGCAUGUUUCACUACGUUGGCUUUUCUCCCAGAAAGAUUUCGGUGUGGGAAUUUAAAUUGUACAUUUCUGAGGCGGUCGGAGGCUCUUUAACCGGAGACCACAUCCUCGAAGAUUCGCCGAGCGCGUCCAGACUCAAUAAGUGUGCCGGCCGUGAUGACGACAGAGGUGGGAUCAGAGAGCGACGUGAAGAAGGUUCCUGAAGUCCAGCAGCAGACAGCCCCGGCCAGUGCUGAGCCGUCACAGGAGGAGAGCCCGAGCGAUCCGGAAGCGGCUGCGUCUCUGGAGCCCAGCAGUCCUCCUGCUGACGGAGGCCCGAAGAAAGAGAAGGGCAUCUCCCGCUUCCUGCCUCCAUGGCUUAAACGACAGAAAUCACAGAGCCAGGACAAGCCCGGCGAGAGCUCAGCGCCGCCCAAGCAGGAGAGCGUGGAGGCCGUGCAGGAGGAGCAGGAGGAGAAGCACGGAGCAGGCGCAGCGACCGCCAGCACAGAGCAGACGGAGGAGGAGAAGUCUAUCGGCAGUGCUGACACACAGCCUGUGAGAGAGGAGAAAUCAGAGGAGAAAGAGGUAGAGACGAAGGAGGAAGAACAAGUGAUCCCGCACGAGGCGAGUGGGCUGUCAGCACUCAAACUCAACAAGAAGAUGAAGAUGGUGGUGUGUCACGUGACCCUGCUGGACGGUAGCCAGUUCUCCUGUGAGGUGGAGAAACGGGCGAAAGGCCAGUACCUGUUUUUUCAAGUCUGCGAGCACCUGAAUCUGUUGGAGAAGGACUACUUCGGCCUGAGCUUUAAAGACAACGCUGAGCAGAGGUGCUGGCUGGACCCGACCAAGGAGAUCAAGCGUCAGAUCCGCAACUCUCAGUGGCAGUUUGCGUUCAGUGUGAAGUUUUACCCUCUGGACCCGUCCCAGCUGACUGAGGACAUAACGAGGUAUCUGCUGUGCCUCCAGCUGAGGCAGGACAUCGCUUCGGGCCGGCUGCCCUGCUCCUUCGUCACACACGCUCUGCUGGGCUCCUACACCCUGCAGGCGGAGCUCGGGGACCACGACCCCGAGGAGCAUCGUCUGGACUACAUCUCAGACUUCCAGUUCGCCCCGAACCAGACCAAGGAGCUGGAGGAGAAGGUGGUGGAGCUGCACAAGUCCCACAGGGGAAUGACUCCAGCCCAAUCAGAUGCCCAGUUUCUAGAAAAUGCCAAGAAGCUGUCCAUGUACGGUGUAGACCUGCAUCACGCCAAGGACUCUGAGGGAGUGGAUAUCAUGCUGGGAGUGUGUGCAAACGGUUUGUUAAUCUAUAAGGAUCGUCUGCGGAUAAACCGCUUUGCUUGGCCCAAAAUCCUCAAGAUCUCUUACAAACGCAGUAACUUCUACAUCAAGAUCAGGCCGGGAGAGACCGAGCAGUUCGAGAGCACCGUCGGCUUCAAGCUGCCCAACCACCGGGCCGCCAAAAGAGUUUGGAAAGUCUGUGUUGAACACCACACCUUCUUCAGGUUGGUUUCUCCUGAACAGCCCACCAAGACCAAGUUCCUGACUCUGGGCUCUAAGUUCCGCUACAGCGGCAGAACACAGGCGCAGACGCGACAGGCCAGCUCCCUCAUCGACCGGCCCGCACCCUACUUCCAGCGCACCUCCAGCAAACGCAUCUCUCGCAGUCUUGAUGGAGCUCCUGUGGUGAACGUGAGUGAUUACAGUCAGGCUGCAGGCGCUGGAGAGAACGGCCCGGCUCUGGAGCUCAACUCUGACUCUAAGAGUCAACAGGUGGAGGUCGUGGAGGAGCCGGACGCGGACGCAGCCACAUCCAUCAGCUCUGAAACGGCCUUUGAGACGGAUGGCGCUGGCGCUCCUGAGAGAAAGAGCAAGUUGAGAGUGCAGGGGGAAAAUAUAUAUGUCAGACAUAGCAAUUUAAUGUUGGAGGACUUGGAUAAGACCCAGGAGGAUGUGUUGAAGCAUCAGGCUAGCAUUAGUGAGCUAAAGCGCAGUUUUAUGGAGGCUACGCCCGAUCCCAUGCCCAGUCAGUGGGACAAGCGCCUGACGGGCAGCCCUGCCACCACCCUGCGCCUGCAGGCUCAAGGGAGUCUGGAAGAGGAGCUCACCUCUCUCUUUCUGAGUAAGGCGUGCUUCUCUGGGCUGGCUGGCUCCUGCAGUACAGCAGCUGCUCCAGCAGAGGCCAGUAAAGUCUCAGCUCCGCCCGCGGUUCCACAGGAAUCCCCUCCCCGUCCCGAGACGGACAGCAGAGACGCCAGCAAGAGCGCAGAGGUCAAACCUGAAGUCAACGGCCAGCCAGAGGUCGUAGAGGUCGUGGAAGAGACCGUUGUCAUCGAGGAAGUCGUCAAAGCCAAACCCAAAAGCCCCGCCCCUGAGGUACCGGCUACCGUGGAGACAGAGUGUGCUGCGGAGGUCAAGGAGGAGAGGAGUUUAUCGUCGGACAGUGAUAGUGAAGAGGAGGCGGAGUACCACGCUCAGCCGCCCACCACGACCACCCACAAUAACAAAAAAAAACAAGAGCCCGAGGAGGAACAGGAGGCGGUGCUUAUUCAACAAGCCCCACCCUCUGGGAUAGAGUCACAGCCAAUCACAGAAGCAGCUGAACCCGCCCCUUCUGCAGAGGAAGAGAAACCAGCAGAGCUGCCUGAAGAGGAAGUGCAUGCAGACGAGCCACUGGCGACACCGGACGAAGCUCCCAAUGGACACGCCCUCCAAGCCAAAGCCCCGCCCACUCUCAGAGCAGCGCCCACCGAGGAGGAGGAGCCUCACAUCGUCAACGGCAGCGCCUCUCGUGUGGAAGCGGAGCACCUGCCGCAGGUUAUUUGUUGUUCGGAGCCUCCUGUUGUGAAGACUGAGAUGGUUACGAUCUCAGACACGUUUGCUGCUCAGAAGACGGAGAUAUCCACUAAGGAGGUCCCCAUCGUUCACACGGAAACCAAGACCAUCACGUACGAGGCCGCCCAGCUGGAUGGUAAUGGAGACGGGGAGCCAGGCGUGCUGAUGACAGCUCAAACCAUCACCUCUGAAUCACUCUGCACCACCACCACCACACACAUCACGAAGACACUAAAGGGGGGGCUGUCAGAAACUCGCAUUGAGAAGCGCAUCGUCAUCACAGGAGACUCUGACAUUGAUCACGAUCAGGCGUUGGCCCAGGCUAUAAAGGAGGCCAAAGAGCAGCACCCUGACAUGUCCGUCACCCGUGUGGUCGUCCACAAAGAGACGGAGCUCGCCGAGGACGAGGACUGAAGGACAGAGCUGAAGUCCAGCACGUUCCUCCACGGCUCAGAGUUCAUCCCUUCAUCCGGAGGAGAGAAGAGCGGCUCUGAUCCUGUACAGAAAACAUCUUCAUCUUCCUUCUUUCACAACCAGAACCACUUAGCUAACAUUUGUAGCAUUUUAUUUUUUUAGUCUUCGUUUUAUCUCUCCCUCAAAAGAUCAUCUUUACCGUUUAUGAAGACCAGAUUGAUGUUAUUUUUAUUGUUAAUUAGUAAUUCACAUUCCUAGUUCAUGAGGAGGAGUAAUAAUAAGAAGAGUCCUUUGUAAUAAUAAGAAUAGGAGGAGCAUGUGAGCGUAUGAAGGCGAUGUUGAGGGGGUGGGGUGACGAUGGGGGCGGGGCUAAAGAUGGGUGGGUUUUCCUGAUGUCAUAAUGUGUUUGUAAGGGACCAGCACAGAACGGUGGCACUGUGUGAUUUUCAUUGGUGGAUGGCAGAGCCAAUCAUUCCUCAAUGCAGUCAAACACAAGCAUUCCCUCGAGGAGAGGACGAGCGGCGUUACCUCUCUCAGCAUCAAGACCAAAUGCAAAAAACUCCAUUCAACAUGAAACCUCGGCAGCUUGGGGACUUUUUCAUUUCCAGCCAUUUUCUGGCACCAAUAUUCAGAUAUAUAUUUGAAUAAACCUGUUUUUUUUUUCUUCUUUGUUUUAAAUCUGAUGAUUUUGGAGGAGGUAACUCUGUUUGCCCUUUUAAAUAUUUUUAAUCUGUUUCAGAUACUUGUGAUUAAAUGAACAAAUGAGAUUGAACUGCCAGCGCUGAUGUUUGUAAAGGUCGAGCGAGGCCUGUGCGCUCUCUCUCUCUCUCUCUCUCUCUCUCUCUCUCUCUCUCUCUCUCUCUCUCUCUCUCUCCAUCAGCCCUGUGUAUAGCAGUUAAUGGUAGAAUUGACUCUUUCUUUUUUUUAAGCAGCUUUGGAUGAUCCGUCAUGUUUUUAUGCCCCACCCAACGCUUUGUGUAACACUCUUUCAAGUAAAGUUUGUUUAUUCUCUAAUAA